ACUACAUCUUCAAGUUUUGGAUGGGUAGCGUACCUCUCGCGUACCCACUCGCCAGGUUAAAUACGAGGGAGCGGCUCUACGACGUUUUAGGAGGCUCGAGAAAGGAUGUCGCAGAAAAUCUUGAGCGAAAUUAUUUGCAGCUCUAGCAUCAUGAAAGCAAGUCGGAGAAAACAUUCCUUUCUGUCAUGUUCCUUGGGGCCCCUACUUGCCAGGUGCUCAGAGCUUAGGCCUGCCGCUCGUCGGCUGCCUUUUGCAGCAUUGUAAGAUGGAGGGUCCUUGGGACCAUGCCAAAGAGCAGAAGGCAAUCAUGGAGAAGUAUGCAUACAGCAAAGAGGUGCAGGUUGUUCUGGGCCGUAUGGUCAAGGACUUGCUCCUGACCCAGCCUUCCGACCCCGUCCCUUUCAUGAUUGAGUGGCUGAAAGCAGAGGAAAGCCGGAGGAAGGGUGAGACAGAAACAGUCACUGCAAAGGCACCGGUUGAGGAGCAUCCUGUUGUUGCUGAGUAGGAGGAAGGAUCUGCUAUGAAUGUCUACCGAAUACAAAGGAACUAGAAGCAAGCGACUGGGAGCAAUUGACUGAGCAUACCAAGUGACUUCUCGGCGAGAGCAGGGCUUACGGCCGGUCUGGUUUUGAACGUCAGACGCAAGGGACAUCAGCAUUUCACCAAGAGAGCUGUUUGCACAGUUCUGGAUGGGGGGUCUUCUAAAAACUGUGGGCAAGACAGCCCUAUGGAUCACUGUCCUUGGCUUUGCGGGGGCGAUUGUCCUGGUAGGAGUUGACCAUCACCACACGGGAACAGUGGGAGGAUUUGCACGGAUUGCGGAGCUCCGAAAUGAACCGAUUGUGGGAAGUCUGUGGCAGGACCCCAGCUGGAAGGAUCUUGGAGCUCAAUUUGUCGGCAUAGCAAUAGCAUUGAUAGUCUGUUCCCUUUGUUUAGUCCCCAUUGGCUGGUACUACUUCAUGUUGGGCAUAGCACCUUUCAUCGUCAAAUCCGGGAUUGGGGCUGUUGUGCUGCUUCAGAACAGCGCGUCAUGGGUGAUACAUGCACCCUUUGAGUUCUGCAGUCAUCUAUUGUACUUGAUCUGGGGCUUUGUAAAUCAAGAGGUCAUCCAAAGAACGUUGAGGACAACGAUAACUGUAGCCAGUACUAUUGGUCCUUCUUUGCUUGUGGUAGUGCCCGGAGUAACGAUACUGAUUUUCCUGUUGUGUCUAGUGAUGCCUCGGCGAUCACCGCCGCUUAAGUAGCUUCUAGGAAGUCUUUAAGGCCCUCCUGGAUAUUCUCGAUGUUGCAAGGCUCUUGUCAUUCUCUAGUAAAAAGCAUCUUGCUUCACGUGUUUAUUACAUGUACGUUUUGCGAG